AUGCACGUCGGGAACUACGACGCGGAACCGCAAGAGGGCACAGACUCGGAUACCCUCCUCAACGAUGCGACUUCGACCACGCGUCUCGAAGAUAUUGACGAGCCUGGCUAUGCUGCUGUCAAGCCGAUAGCGUACUACGGGGAAGGACCAUUUGACCCUCCGAGUUCUGAUGACGAGGAGGAUGAACUCGAGAAGCCAAGUCGGUCGCCGAGGCUCUCGCAGCGCGGUCCGCGCGACCUCGAAGACGGAGUCCUUGGAUCGCGCAAGCAUGCUUCUUCUCUGCGAUUUCUCGUCAUUGCACUUGUAUCGCUCCUAGCUGUUGCUGGUGUGAUCGGUAUCUUCGCGGCGCACUCAUACACGGGCAUGCCAUACCGUAUUCGCGGUACAAAGCAUAUCACCAUGGAUCACAUAUUCAACGGCACGUUUUAUCCGACGAGCGAGAAUAUCCUGUGGGUGCCGGAAGCGGGCGAUGGCGUCUUCGCUACGCAGAAGAAUGACUACCUGACUCUGGUUGACCUCAAGAGCAACUCGACGCGCAAUUUGGUUGCAUUUGCGGACUUGACAGAUGAAUAUGGAAGACCAUUGUCCCACUCUUCUUGGAAGCUGUCCGCCGAUAUGAGGUACAUGCUCAUCAAAGCGGAUAGAGUUAAGCUAUGGCGGCAUUCUAGCUACGGGAACUAUUACGUGCAUGAUCUAGAAUCCAAGCAUACUUGGCCUUUGGUUCCCCCUACGUAUCCACCAGUUACGUCCUACGCCGUAUGGUCUCCCACAGGCCAGUCAAUAGCGUAUGUUCUCAAGAACGACUUAUACGUACUUCCGUCCGCGUCGCCUGACGUAUCACCUGUCCGUGUCACGAGCAACGGGAACGCAUCAAUGUUCAACGGCAUUCCAGAUUGGGUGUAUGAAGAGGAAGUCUUCUCGGCAGACUACGCGCUAUGGUGGUCUCCAGAUUCGAAGAACAUUGCGUAUCUGAGCUUCGACGAGACCGCUGUUGACGAAUACACCUUCCCGAUCUACAACCCCACCGAGGACUCACAUGCAGUUGUCCCUUACCCGCAGCACGUCACCAUGAAGUACCCGAAGCCUGGCUACAAGAACCCGAUCGUGUCAUUACAAGUAUUCCAGGUUGACGAUUACCUCAGAGACACGCGAUAUGGAGGAUACCAGCCGGCCGCGCUGGCAUCGUCCUCCCUGCAGCUCGACUGGGACGGCAGACAGUCUGCAGAUGAUAGUGUCAUCCAAGAGAUUGCUUGGGUAGGCAACGAGACGCUUCUGGUGCGCGAAGUCAAUCGGGCUGGGAACAACGGAACCGUCAGCAUCUUCGACCUUGGAUCCACUGCGGCCUUGCGCAGCCACGGACACGUCGUGAGGAGGCUUGGCAAAGACGGUGAGCAAGGUGAUGACGGCUGGAUCGAUCAGGCCCAACGAGUGUAUCCCCUGCCAGCUAGUCUGUCUCCGCCCGGGCAUUCCUCGUACUUAGAUGUCAUCCCGACCCCUGAGGGCUACAACCAUAUCGCACUGUUCAGUCCCGCAGACACCAGCACGCCACGGUUCUUGACGUCCGGUGAAUGGGAGGUUACCAGCGGAAUCUUGGCCGUUGACGUCAAGAAGAGCCUCGUCUACUUCCAGGCGGCAAACCCUGACUCGCUCCAGCGGCAUAUCUACUCGGUGCCCAUCCCUGCUAUCAGCACCUCUGAGACUGUCAAGCCGACAGCCCUCACGGACGUCAGUAGUGCUGCCGUGUACAACGCGAACUUCUCUCCGGAGGGUGGUUUCUACCUUCUCACGUACAAGGGACCAUAUUCGCCGUGGCAAAAGGUCAUCAAGAAUGGUGACAAAGGCGGUGUCCAGUAUGUCCUGACUGAGAACCCUCAACUCAAUAAGACCCUCGAGGAGUAUGAGAUGCCUGUCGUCAGCUACGGAACGAUCACAAGCGAAGGCUAUGAGCUGAACUUCAGGGAAAUACGUCCACCAAGGAUGGAUGACACGGGCCGAACGAAGUACCCUGUGCUGUUUCGGCUGUACAACGGCCCUAACUCGCAAAUGGUCAAUCAUGAAUACGGCCAUGACUGGCAUGACUUCUUGGCUUGCAGCAUGGAGUACAUCAUCGUCACCGUGGAUGGGCGUGGGACUGGUUACAAGGGCCGGAGGCUUCGAAACCCUGUUAAAGAUAAUUUGGGGCACUUCGAAACAAUAGACCAGAUCAAUGCUGCGAAGAUCUGGGCCGGGAAGAACUACGUGGACUCCAGGCGGAUUGGCAUAUGGGGCUGGUCAUACGGUGGCUUCAUGUCUUCCAAGGUAAUCGAAGCCAACGCUGGUGUACAUACCCUGGCCAUGGCCGUCGCGCCCGUCACCAGCUGGCGACUAUACGACUCGAUCUACACGGAGCGAUACAUGGACUUGCCGAACGUUAACCCGCAAGGUUACAUCACCGCGUCCAUCUCGAACGUCACCGGCUUCCACAAUGCAGAUUUCUUGCUCGCACACGGCUCAGGGGACGACAACGUGCACUUCGCGAACUCGGCGCAUUUGCUAGACAUGUUAACCCAGGAACAUGUGCGGAACUUCGAGUUCAGGAUGUUCACAGAUAGUGAUCACAGUAUGUAUAAGCGCGACGCCAACCGGGAACUCUACGAGUUCAUGACGAGGUUCUUGUUCGAGCGAUGGGGCAAGGGAGGAAAACGACGAUCGUGGUGA